AUGCACAACCCGUUCGACCGUCCGAGAGCGAUGGAUCGCCGUGUAGCGUACAUCGGUGAAGGUCUCAUUGACCCGAACGGGCUUGAUAGCCUAGACAAUCUCGGAGAUAUCGACAUCGACCAGAACUCUCCUCAACGGCGUCGUGAGGUUCUGGAUGAUCUGGCAAUCGACGUUGGGGAAAAAUAUCUCGACGAUAUUUACAAGGAAGAUACAGACGGAGCCGACGAGGAUAAAGCGGCAGAACAGGUUCGGCAUCACUUGGCUGUGUCUUCGAUCAAUAGUCACGAGGUUGGACACAAGGAACGAGUUCGGACGGAGAAAGAAUUGGCUUGGCUCAAGGUGAGGCAGCUUCUGAUAGAAGAAGAAGAGAAGGCCUCAACGCACAAGCGACGACAUGCCAAGAGCAUCAGUCGAUCCGUCGAACGCUCUGCUGUUCGUAGUGAAGCGAGUGAUGACAAGAGCUGCAAUACUGUCAAACUGCUGGAUUCCAUGGCGCCGUAUACCCCGCAGCCACCGCAGCCACCGCAACUCUUUUCGCCCAAGAACAACAGAACACGCCCUGAGGUGGAAGUACAGCCACCACAGACAUUUGCAAGUAAACUCGCCCAAUUCCUGGGAGCAGGGAGUGUAUCCGACAACGAGAGUACCAGCUCGAAAUCGUCGCGUUCUUUGUCAGGAUACAGCGCGAACACGCCUACCCGAUGGCAGCUGUUGGCAACGUUAGAACAAGUAACCAAAACCUGUCAGAGGAUGGAGCUGUCAGAAGAGACUAUGGCUCGCGUUUCAGAGCAUUUGAACUCCAUUGACCAGGUCGUGCGUGAGGACAUGAGUGCCAACCAGAGCAGAGCCCGUCGACUCUCGAGCACACAGGCGUCGAACGACUCGAAUGACUCACUCGACACGUAUUCAGUGGUAGACAUACCACCCGCCCACCCCCAAGCGGAUGUGGCGCCAACAGUUCGAGAUUCUUUCAAAGGUUUCGCCUCCUGUCAAGAUCUUCGCGAUACACUAGCAGCUUUCAACAAUCUGCUGGCCGAUUGUUGCCUCGACGGCGUCAAGUUGCAGGAGCCGUGGCAUGUGUACUACCACAUCCGAGAUGCCGUGUACAGCAAGCUCAGUUUCCGCCACAAACAGCUCUUUAAGCUGUUGGACGUGCGAUUCAGUCUCGACGUAUUCAAGCGACGGCCUUGUGUCAAUAAGCGCAUGUGUAUCGUCGGUGCUGGUCCCGUGGGUCUGCGUGCUGCCAUUGAGCUCGCACUCCUUGGUGGUAAAGUGACAGUUGUCGAGAAACGCACCAAGUUCAGUCGUGAGAAUAUGCUCCACCUGUGGCCGUGGGUCGUCCAGGAUCUGGCGUCUCUAGGGGCGAAAGUUCUGUUCAAGAACUUCUGCAAAUCCCGAACGUAUUUCCACGUGAGUACACGACAACUUCAGGUGGUUUUACUCAAGGUGGCACUGUUAGUUGGCGUCAAAGUGCACUCAGCUACAGGCUUCAAGGCGAUUGUUUCUCCUUCUCCUCACGAUAAUGGCGGUAAUUUAUUCUACAGCAUCAAGACGGAGCCUCAAAUCCCAGUCGCAGAGUACACUGCUGUACUCGGUGCAACCGGUACGAACGACUUGAUCGCUGAACCUGCAGGUAUCACCCGCUUUGUGUUCUCACGUAAUGAGUCACUGGGUAUCGUCUGCUACUUCCCAAAUCUGGAGACGACUGACGAAAUGAAGACGAAGGAAUUCUCGUGGACCACUCGACUCAAGCAUCACAUGCUGGACAAGAUGCGCGACGUCGGUAUCGAUUUGGAGAACAUCGUGUACUUUAGAGGAGACAUGCACUACCUCGUCAUGACACCAAAGCGCCAAAACUUACUGAUCCAUGGCGUGGUGAAGCAGAAUUAUGCAGACUCGAAGGAUCUGGUUAGAAAGGAGAACGUCAAUCCUGACGCUCUCAAUAUGUUUGUCAAGAAUAUCGUCAAGUUUGCUGGUAUCACAAGGAAGACGGACUUCACGAGGGUUAAUCUGAUCGACUUUAGCCAGCUAACACGAGCUGAUAAGGCUGCGAGCAUCUUGUCUUCACAUGGUAAGAAGCUCUACGUUGGACUGGUCGGUGAUUCGUUGUUGGAGCCUGUAUGGCACGAAGGUGUUGGUACUUGUCGAGGGUUUUUGAGUGCGUUGGAUGGCGCCUGGAUGAUCGCUCAUAUCGGAAGGAAGACAGACGAACAGCUACUGGCGAACCGACAUGUUGCCUUCCAGGUGAUGCAGCGUCUGUCCGGUCACCACCGCGACGAGAUGCAGAAGAACGUGAGGAAGUACACGGUGGAUCCAAAAACGCGUUACAGAGGCGUGUGCUGA